AUGGAGACCUUUGCGAUGGAAGAUAUUGAGGUGUUUGAGUUCAUUGAGAGACUCCAUGAUCGACUCUGCGUCUUCUUUUGUGGCUUUAUCUUCUCCCUCAACCUCGAUCAAGAACCUGUGAAGGUGAUCGACGGUCAUGAUUCCAUUUUCGGAGUAACGGUCGAAGAGUAUGCUCAAGAAAUUAUUCACAAAGCUGGGUUAGAUGAUUGUAAGCCUUGCCCGUCUCCCAUUUAUGUUAAACCUGGUUUGUCUACUUCUUCUGAUCUUCUAUUUUCUAAUCUUUCUCUCUGUCGUACUCUUGUUAGGGCUUUGCAAUACUUGACCAUCACUCAUCCCGAUCUCUCUUUGGCUGUCAAUCAAGCUUGCCAACACAUGCAUGCCCAUACCAAUGGUGAUUUCUUUGCUAUUAAACAGUUGAUUCGAUUUGUUAAGGGCACUCUCACUCAUGGCCUAACAUAUACACUUGGUAUUUUUGAUGUUCAUGCUUUUUCUGAUUCUAACUGGGCUGGGGAUACGGUUGAUCGCAAGUCCACCUUUGGUUAUUGUAUAUUUUUGGGCUCUAAUCUUGUUUCUUGGUCUGCCAAGAACAGGCCACUGUCUCUCGUUCCUCGAUCGAGGCUGAAUAUAGAGCUUUAG